UCAAAGUUUCAAGUUCAGAGAUUUGGAAAGAGAAGUUGUUUCUGUUUUGAUCGAAAAUUAUGACUAUGAAUUUCAAAAAAGAGAAAGUAAGAUUCUUGACGAUAUUAUUAUGGAAUCUAAAGAAUAG